UCACAGUUUAACUUUCAACAUUCAACCUUUACAUCGGCUUGUGUCUUCUGACUUGUCGCGUGCGCGAGGGCGCAAACCUCACGAUGCAAUCGCGUCGGUUUCUACGGCCUUUAUGGCACUCUCUACCGAUACGAGUGUCUCCUCCUUCUCCCUCGACCUUCCCUUCCCUCCGCCUUAUCCAACGAACCCGACCAUUCUCCCAUACUUACUUCCGCAAGAACAACUGGCCACGGCCUCCUCGCGAGACGCGCAACUAUAACCUUGAUCCUCACUACCAGCUCUCUCAGGCCAAACCUCUCGUAACCUCCGAUCGUCUCAGACGGUUCGCCCGUUCCCCGAGUCUGCACACCGUUGUCGCCAUCUCCGUUACCGGCGCGGUGGUAUUCUACUAUAUCAAUCUUCAGACCGUACCGGUGUCAGGCCGCCGGCGCUUUAAUUGUUUUAGUGAAGAGUCGGUGGAGGCGGCGAGCGAAGCGCAGGUCAAGCGCCUUAUAUGGGAGGUAGAGCGUUCUGGCGGGCGUUUCCUAAGCGACUGGGAUCCGCGCAUGAUCAUGGUGAAGCGCGUCAUGAGAAAGUUAAUACCCGUAUCGGGCAUGGAUUGUAAUUGGGAGAUUAGGGUGAUUGACGAUCCCCACACCGCGAAUGCAUUCGUCCUUCCUGGCGGAAAGGUCUUUGUCUUCAGCGGCUUGAUACCCAUUGCUGCAAACGACGAUGGCCUUGCGACGGUGCUAGGCCACGAGAUUGCUCACAAUCUAGCUGGGCACGUGGCCGAGCGCAUGUCAGGACAGAUUGGAAUAAACAUCCUUCUCUAUUCUCUCAUAUUUCUCACAGGUGGGAUAGCGAUUUUAGGUACACAGUUCAUCGGCAGUGCAGUUCUAGAUCUUCUAUUCUCGAGGCCCAUGGGCCGCAUGCAGGAGAGCGAAGCGGACUACAUCGGCCUAAUGAUGAUGGCGGAAGCUUGCUACGAUCCGCGCGAAGCCAUUGGUUUCUGGAAGCGGAUGGAGAGAGCACAGCAGGGAGAACCGCCUGAAUGGCUGAGUACUCAUCCUUCCAGCAACAACCGAAUACAAAAAAUAGGGGAAUGGAUGCCCAUUGCUCUAGAGAAGAUGCAGGCGAGCGAUUGUAGGGGAACUUCGGCGUUUGCAGAUUUGUUUAGGAGGGCCAUGGAACGGGGCAUACUCAUAGAGUAGGAGAAAUACUUGGUUAAAUUAAAGGCGGGAGGUUGAAGCUUUAAGAUACCUGAGUGUCACCUACACUCGUGUCCCUUAGAUCCAAUCGCAUAGUAAUAGCCUGAAGCACAUGAUAUUAGCGCAUCUUAGCUACAAGUCAACUCUAUCAUUGAAAGACCUCAUGGUAAGCAACCCUAGACCAAUCUGUAGUGAAGAUAGGAUAAUACUUGUCACCUGUCAGGACGAAGCAGUAUCAUUCCGUAUGUAAGAGGUACCUGAUAUGAUU